GACAUCUUCGCUAGGGCCAAGAAAUCGCCAGUGGUAGCUAUAGUCAAUGCGCAUCUACGUUGGUACACGAGUUCUAGUGACAACCUGGUGUCCUGGAUGAGCUCGUUGCUGUUUGCACUUGUGUACAUCUUCUAUCUGCGCGCCAGCGCAAGAGACAGAUUGGCUUUUGAAAACAUUUCUGUGUGCAUUGUGGACACUACCUGCUUUCCUCCUGGGGGUUUUCUCCAAGAUCUAGACCUCAUCUGGGCAUAUAAAUCAAGCAACUCAGAGUUAGCGUUAUUUGAGACUCUGCGAUUGAAGAAACAUUGAUCUUUGUCCAGACAUUUUUACUUUAGAGAGUAUUUGUCACAACGUGCUCUAAAGAUUAAGGACAACUGCGAAGUAGUCUUAGCUUAGGCACUCAUCGACCAGGGCCUUUAUGAUCUGCUUCCUAAGCUUGAGAUUUUUGCGCACUGGAAACCACAACGAACACUACAAUGGGCAAAUCUAGUUGUUGAACUUUGUGAGAAGUUUAAUGCACAGGUUGUGGAUCAACAAGAGGCCAG